AAACAAAAGACAAGAAAGUUACCCUUGUCAUGUCCAGGAUGCGGUGCUCCCAGUCAGACAGUAGCUCCCGAAGAAGCAGGCUUCUACAGCUUGGGUAGGUCUGCUGUCAAGAAGUUCGUUCAAGAUGAUGCCAAACAGGAGGAUCUCGUCUUUCAGGCAACUCUGGACAAGGUCGACAGCAACGUCUUGCAAGAGCUAGGCCUGGACAACAAGGCCCUCGAUGCUCAAGAACAGCCACAGAAGCAGACUCCCAUCUGCGACCGCUGCCACAAUCUCCUGCACCAUCACGUCGGAGUACCCAUCUUCCACCCUUCGAUCGACAGCAUCCGUAGCAUAAUCGAGGACUCGCCUCACAAAAACAACCACAUCUAUCACAUUCUCGACGCCGCAGACUUUCCCAUGUCGCUCAUUCCCAACCUCCUAAACCGCCUCGAUCUCCCAGCCCUGCGUACACAAAACCGUCGCUCCAAGCAUCGCAAAUACGUGCGCGACCGUAUCGCCGAUGUCUCGUUCAUCAUCACUCGCUCCGAUCUCCUAGCCCCAAACAAGGAACAAGUCGACAGCUUGAUGCCGUAUCUGCGCGAAACCCUCCGUGAUGCUCUCGGUCGCACUGGAAGAAAUGUCAGACUUGGAGGCUUGCGAUGCGUAAGUUCCAAGCGUGGCUGGUGGACCAAACAGGUUAAAGAAGACAUAUGGGAAAGAGGUGGCGCUGCUUGGAUGGUUGGCAAGGUCAACGUGGGCAAGAGCAAUUUGUUUGAGGUCGCCUUUCCCAAAGGCAGGGGACAAGAGAAGCCUCCGAAACCCCAACGGAUGGACAUAAACUUGAAAUCGGACACGCCGUCCGCUCCUGCGAAAUCAAGCGAGUCUCUCUCGGAUUUGCCUGAUCUCCAGUAUAUGGGUGCUACUACCGCCGUCGACACUACGGCCACUGCUUCGAGUGAUGCUGCGGUCGGGACCCAGCCAGAGACUAUUGCCCAGGACGAGCCUGAUGUCUUUGAUGUAGAAGAAGGCUCGCUGCUACCUCCAGCUCAGAUCGAGGUACCCUACCCUGUGAUGCCUGUCAUCUCCUCCUUGCCUGGAACCACUGCUUCACCUAUUCGCGUGCCCUUCGGUAGUGGCAAGGGUGAGCUUAUCGAUCUUCCUGGCGUUGCUCGAUCUAAUCUGGACGAGUUUGUCAUACCUGAGCACCAACAGGAUCUUGUCAUGCGUUCUCGUGUGACCCCCGAGCAGAUGUCUAUCAAGCCUGGCCAGUCAUUAGUUCUGGGAGGUGGUCUUAUUCGCAUUACUCCUACUACUUCGGAUCUGGUCUUCCUUUCUUAUACCUUCCUGCCCUUGAGUUCACACAUCACUUCUACCGAUAAAGCUGUGGCUAUCGGGAGCGGCGAGAGAAUGACCGGAUUGCAAACAAUCAUGACCAAGGAAGCUCGCGAGAACAUGGCAUCUGCAGGUACUUUCAAGCUGGAAUGGGAUGUCACCAAGCAACGUGCAGGCCCACUGACCUCCAAAUCCGCUGCCAAACUCAAGGCCGAUCAACUGCCUUUCAUUGUAUAUUCAGCGGACAUCCUGGUUGAAGGUGUUGGUUGGGUUGAACUUGUUGCUCAGGUACGCAGGAAGCAGAAGGUGAAGCCCACUUGCACGCCCUCGCUGGACAAGAUUCUAGACAACGAUACAUCGUCUGCAUUCUCAGACUCUGAUACCACAACCUGGAAGCCUUUGGGUACACCCGAGGAGCACAUCGUAGAGGACACUCAUCCCACAGUCGAAGUGUUCUCACCCAAAGGUAAAUUCAUCGGUGUCAGACCCCCUAUGAGCGCUUGGCUAUUGGGCGGCAAGAAAAGCCCCACAGCAAAUGCUAGAAAGAGCAGACCCAGACUAAGCAUGAAGAGUCUGAAGCACAGCCAACGU